AUGACUCCACAGAUUCCUGAGAGUGACGAGUAUUAUUACUUUUUCUCUUUCUUCAAAUCAACCCCAAGGAGAGACACGCCUCUGGAUGAGAAGCUGGUGGUUCCCCGCUCUGGGAACAGCUCUGUUCUCACCAAGUGUGACUUUGAGGAUGACUCCAAUCCUCUCUGUAACUGGACCCAAGUGCCAGCAGAUGAUGGGGACUGGACUCGAGUUAAAGGGUCAGGUCAUACGGACACCACUGGGCCCCCUGGGGGGUACCCCAAUCAAGAAGGUUACUACCUGCUCAUGGAUGGACGUGCCUUCCACCGGGGCGGGGUGGUCCAGCUGCGCAGCCCCACUGUCUCGGAGUCCGGGCCUCUCUGUGUGCACUUUGCUUAUCACAUGUUUGGGCUGUCGUGGGGGGCCCAGCUCAAACUGCUGCUGCUCUCUGGCAGCCAGGGUGGGCACCCCCACCUACUCUGGAAGCGCAGAAACACCCAGAGCACCUCCUGGAUGCCCACCGCUGUCACUGUGCCCGCAGGGCUCGCCCAUCCUGGCCAGCUGAUGUUUGAGGCAGUGAGGGGCAACACCGCUUACCUGGACAUUGCUCUGGAUGCCGUCUCUGUCCUUCGGGGUACCUGUCAUCAGGUGUGUGUUAGGCAAACCUGCAACUUUGACACUUCAAAUGAUCUCUGUGGCUGGAGCUGGAUUCCAACCCCCACUGGGGCCAAAUGGGUCCAGAAGAUGGGGUCAUCGGGGGAUCCAAGCACGGGGCCUGCGAGUGACUUCUCCAGGCCUGGUAAUGGCUACUACAUGCUCCUGGACUCCAAGGAUGCAAAACCGGGUCAGAAAUCGAGCCUCUUGAGCCCACUGAGUCAGUCCUCUGGCUGUCUGAGCCUCUCCUUUCACUACAUCCUUCGGCCUCGGACAGCUGGUGCAGCCCUGGUCAUUAAGGCUGUGACCUUGGGCAGCAUCCAGAAACACACUCUCUUCUCAGGACAGCCGGGAUCCAACUGGCAGCCGGUUUCUGUCAAUUACACAAGCCAGGGGCAGAUACAGUUCAUCAUGAUUGGUGUGUUCGGAGAAAUCCCAGAGCCAGCUGUGGCAGUGGAUGCCAUCACUAUUGCUCCCUGUGCAGAGAGCUUGCCUCAGUGUGACUUCAAUGAUAAUGCCCAUCCCUUCUGUGACUGGGUCCAGGUACCGAGGGAUGGUGGACACUGGACCCGGGGAAGUAGAAAUAUGCCCACAGACUCUUCUGGAGGUUCCCCUAAUAGAGGUGAGAAUCAUCACUACAUCUACCUCAAGCCUGACAAGUUUUCCCAGAGAAGACAGCCGAUCCGACUGGUGAGCAGGUCCUUCUGUGCCCCGGAGGCAGUCUGUGUGGAGUUUACUUACUACAUGCAUGGCCCUGGAGAGGGCUCUAUGCUCAAGUUCCUGCUGGGGACUCCUAGAGGGAGUGCCACAACUUCUCUCUGGAGCCGUGUGGGAUCUCAGAGUCCUGCCUGGCAGCAGGUGUCCAUCACCAUCCCUUCAGGACGUCAACAGCCCAUGCAGCUGAUCUUUGAGGCUGUCAGGAGUACCAACACUACCUUUGAAAUUGCUGUAGGAGUCAUCUUGAUCCGUCAUGGGGCCUGUUCAGAAACUGUAAUGCUUCCUAUGAAACGUCCAGUUCCAACUACUGUCAUCACUAAACCACCUACUGUUCCCACAGAAAAACCCACUACCACCACAGAACAAUACACUAUCCCCACUAAAAAGCCGACCACUACCACAGAAAAAACCACCAUCACUACACAAAAAACCACCAUCCCCACAGGAAAAUGCACCACCCCCACUGAGGAGCCCACCGUCCCCACAGAAAAGCCCACUCUUCCCACAGAAAAAUGCACUGUCCCCACUGAAAAACCCUCCACCCCCACAGAAGGUUCUACCAUCCCCACUGAAGAGCCCACUGCCCCCAUUGAAGAGCCCACAGUUCUCACUGAAGAGUCCACUCUCUUUGUUGAAGAACCCACGACUCCCACUGAAAAGCCCACUCUUCCCACAGAAAAACCCACUCUUCCAACAGAAAAACCUACCAUUUCUACUGAAAAACCCUCUGUCCCCACAGAAGAGCCUACUGUCCCAACUGAAAAACCCACCAUCCCCACUGAAAAGCCCACUGUCUCCACAGAAGAACCCAUGGUCUCCAUCGAAUCACCUACUAUCCCCACUGAAAUGACCACUGUGCCCACAGAACAAAUCACCAUUCCCACAGAACAAACAACCACCUCCACAGAAAAGCCCACUGCUCCCACUGAAAAGCCCACCCUCCUCACAGAAAAGCCCACUGCUCCCACUGAAAUAUCCACCCUCCUCACAGAAAAGCCCACUGCUCCCACUGAAAAGCCCACCGUCCCCACUGAGAAACCUACCAUCUCCACUGAAGAAACCACCAUCCCCACUGAGAAACCCACCGUCCCCACCGAGAAACCCACCGUCCCCACCAUCUCCACUGAAGAAACCACCAUCCCCACUGAGAAACCCACCAUCCCUACCGAGAAACCCACCAUCCCUACCGAGAAACCCACUGUCCCCACCGAGAAACCCACCAUGCCCACUGAGAAACCCACCAUCCCCACUGAAGAAACCACUAUCCCCACUGAGAAACCCACCAUCCCUACUGAAGAAACCACCAUCCCCACUGAGAAACCCACCAUUCCCACUGAGAAACCCACCAUCCCUACCGAGAAACCCACCGUCCCCACCGAGAAACCCACCGUCCCCACUGAGAAACCCACCGUCCCCACUGAGAAACCCACCGUCCCCACUGAAGAAACCACCAUCCCCACUGAGAAACCCACCAUCCCUACUGAGAAACCCACCGUCCCCACCGAGAAACCCACCGUCCCCACCGAGAAACCCACCGUCCCCACCGAGAAACCCACCAUCCCCACAGAAAUGCACACAACUGCUAUGAUACGUCACACCAGCCCAACACUCAAACCCAUUGGACCAAGUACCAUCACGACCAGUGUAACCGUUGGCAUCACUGCAACCCCUAGACCUGCUCCAGUGACCUGUCCCUCAAAUGCCCACUACGAGUCCUGUGCCUGCCUUGCAUCCUGCGAGAACCCGAAGCCCACCUGUCUGCUCCCCUGCAAGCCGGGCUGUGUUUGCAAUCCUGGCUUUCUGUUUAGUGUCUCCCGCUGCAUCCAAGCUUCUUCUUGCAAUUGCUUCUACAACAACAACUAUUACAAGCCUGGAGCGGAGUGGUUCAGCCCUAACUGCACAGAGCAUUGCCGCUGCACACCCGACAGUGGACUGGAGUGCAAGACCUCUCGGUGUGGAACACACAAAGUGUGUCAGCUGCAGAACGGCCAGUAUGGAUGCCGCCCCUACGGCACUGCCACCUGCUUGGCCUAUGGAGACCCUCAUUUUCUCACCUUUGACGGGAGGCACUUUAGCUUCAUGGGCAAAUGCACCUACAUCAUGACCCAUCCUUGUAGCAACUCAACAGACCCAUACUUCAGGGUUGCAGUAAAGAAUGAGGAACGAGGACAGGAAGGUGUCACCUGCUUGAGCAAAGUCUAUGUGAUCCUGCCCCAGACCACCAUCACCCUGCUCAAGGGCAGACACACACUGAUUGGGGGGCGUCGAGUCACCCUCCCAGCCAUGCCUUCUCAAGGCAUCUUCUUGAUCCAGAGUGGGAGGUUUGUGGAGUUGCAGACAGCGUUUGGCUUGCGGGUGAGAUGGGAUGGUGACCAGCAGCUAUAUGUGACUGUGACCAGCACCUACUUCAGCCGACUCUGUGGUUUCUGUGGGAACUAUGAUGGUGACAGUAGCAAUGACAACCAGAAGCCCGAUGGCAGCCUAGCGCAGGAUGACGAGGAGCUGGGGAACAGCUGGCAGACAGCUGAGGACGAGAACAAAGAGUGCCAAAAGAACCAGGCAAGUCCCCCAUCUUGUGACUCCACUUUGCAUAACAGUCUGCUGGGGCCGGAGUACUGUGGACGGCUCAUCGACCCCAAUGGAACAUUUGGGGCCUGCCUGCCACAUCUUAAGGCCUUUUUCUACUAUGAGACCUGCUUGUUUGACAUGUGCAACUUUCAGGGGCUGCAGCAGAUGCUGUGUGCCCAGAUGGCAGCCUUGACGGAGGCCUGCCAGGCUGCUGGCCUCAUGGUGAAGCCUUGGAGAAACCCUCAGUUCUGCCCUCUGACCUGCCCACCUAACAGCAGGUAUUCCCUGUGUGCCAAAUCAUGUCCUGAUACCUGCUAUUCAGGAUUCUCCGGCAUGUCCUGCCCAGACCGCUGUGUGGAGGGCUGUGAGUGUAAUCCAGGAUUUGUCCUCAGCGGCCUCCAGUGUGUCCCCAAAAACAAGUGUGGGUGCCAGCAACCUGUAGGGGUCUACAAAGAGGAAGGGGAGAGCUGGUAUAAAACAGACUGUAAGCAGCGAUGCUUCUGUGAAGGCAACAACAAAAUUCGCUGCGUGCGCUGGAGGUGUGGGCCUCAGGAAGUCUGUACUCUUCAGGAUGGCACCUUUGGCUGCCAUGCCCAAGGUACCGGCACCUGCUCUGUCUCAGGUGACCCCCACUACCUGACUUUUGAUGGUGCCCUGCACCACUUCAUGGGCACCUGCACCUACAUCCUGACUCGGCCUUGCUGGAUGGGGUCCCGGGAGAGCUACUUCAUUGUGAGCAGUACCAAUGAGAACCGAGGCGGGAACAUGGAGCUUUCCUACGUCAAGGCUGUUCACGUGCAGGUCUUCAACCUCCGGCUCACACUGAUCAAAGGUCGCAAGGUCAUGUUGAAUGACCGCCGGGUGGCCCUGCCUCUGUGGCUUUCUGGUGGCCGCAUGAGUGUGGGGCUCAGUGGCUCCUUUAUCCUUGUGCAAACGGACUUUGGGCUUCGGGUUCGAUAUGAUGGGAAUCACCUGGUGGAUGUGACCGUGCCCUCCUCCUUGGCCGGUCGGCUCUGUGGGCUGUGUGGAAACUUCAAUAACAACAGCUUGGAUGACAAUCUACGACCAGACAAAAAGCCAGCAGAAAGCUCCGUCCAGCUGGGUGCGGCCUGGGUGUUAACUUCUGCCUCUGAACCUGGCUGUUUUGUUGCGGGUGGCAAAUCCCCCAGCUGCCCAGGGAAAGAUGGGGCAGACAUCUGGAAUAAGAUCUGUGAGAUCUUAACCAAUCCUCAUGGGCCCUUUUCCCAGUGCCACACGGUGGUGUCUCCACACCCCAGCUUCAACAGUUGUGUGUAUGGGCAGUGUGGGACCCAGGGUGACAAACUGACCUUAUGCCGCUCCCUGCAGGCCUAUGCGGCCCUCUGCGCCCAGGCUGGCCGGCCUUGUGCCUGGCGAAACAGUUCCUUUUGCCCACUGAAGUGCCCUUCCGGCAGCAGCUACAGUCCCUGUGCCAACCCCUGCCCAGUCACCUGCCUCAGCCUAGACAUGCCUCGGGACUGCCCGGCCAUGCUGCCCUGUGCUGAAGGCUGCGAGUGUCAGAAAGGACAUGUUCUGAGUGGGACCUCCUGUGUACCCCUCAGCCAGUGUGGCUGCACUGACAGUCAGGGCUCCUACCACCCGGUCGGGGAGCGCUGGUACGCAGACGGCACCUGCUCCAGGCUGUGCACCUGUUCCAGCCACAACAAUAUCUCCUGUAGCCACACGAGCUGCAGCCCCACCCAGAUGUGCUGGCCUCUUGAUGGGCUUCUCCGCUGCCGGGCUGCAGGUAUGGGAGUGUGCCAUGUCUCAGGUGACCCCAACUAUGUGAGCUUCGAUGGCAGCUACCAUUCCUUCAGAGGAACCUGUACUUACACGCUGGUACAAGUGUGCCACCCCACCAAGGAGCUGCCGUUCUUCAAGAUCAGUGCCAAGAAUGAGAAGCAGGGUGGCCAGACCCCAACUUUCUACCUCCACCAAGUCAACAUUUUUAUCUUUGAUGCCCAGAUCACCCUGCAAAGGGACCACCGUGUGCUGAUCAAUGGCAAACAGGUCACUCUUCCUGCGAACCAGGUCCGACGGGUCACCAUUACUGCCAAUGGCAUCUAUACUGUACUCAGUGCUUACAUCGGGCUGCUUGUCAAGUUUGAUGGGAAUCAUCUCUUAGAGAUCGAAAUUCCUAGAGCCUAUUACCAAAAGGUCUGCGGUAUAUGCGGAAACUUCAAUGGCGAGGAAGAGGAUGAACUAAUGAUGCCCAAUGAUGAAUUAGCCCAGAAUGACAUGGAAUUUGGGAACAGUUGGAAAGAUAAGAAUGACUCUGACCCAAAUUGCCAACGGGAUGACCGAGAGAUUCGGCUGGAACACCGAGAAAACCCAAAUAUAAACUGCAAAUCAGAUGAUUUAGUCAGAGCUCAGCUACAAUGCCAAGCAGCCUUCCAGGGUUCUGGCUGGUCUGAAUGUGCCACCCAAGUGAUCCCCAAACCCUUCCUGAUCGGUUGUGUGUACAACCUCUGUGAGUUUAGAGGCGAAAACCAAGCCAUCUGUGAUGCUCUGCAAGCCUUUGGAGUUGCCUGCCAGGCCCAGGGGCUCAGGCCCCCGUUUUGGAGAAACAAUAGCUUCUGUCCUCUGGAAUGUCCUGCCUAUAGCAGCUACACAAACUGUGCUCCCCCGUGCCCACCUUCCUGCGGGGACCCCGAGGGCCGAUGUGAGGGUACCAAACUCCUCUCCACCUGCUUCGAGGGCUGUGUCUGUAACCCUGGCUACGUGCUCAAUGUGGAUCGGUGUGUGCUCAGGAGUCAGUGUAGCUGCAAGGAUACCGAGGGCCGAGUCCUUCCCGCAGGUAAGACCUGGCUAUCCACUGGCUGCAGCCAGAACUGUGUCUGUACAGAAGGAGUCGUCCAGUGUCGGGCCUUCAACUGCCCCUCAGGUUCCCACUGCCAGCUCAACGCCAAGGGCAACAGCAACUGUGUACCCGACUGGUUGGAUUACUGCUCAAUCUUUGGGGACCCCCAUUACCGCACACUGGAUGGUCUCAGCUACCACUUCCAGGGCCGUAUGACGUACACUCUCAUCAAGACCAUCGAUGUGCUCCCGGAUGGUGUCGAGCCCCUGGUUGUGGAGGGUCGCCACAAGAUGUACCUGCCUUGGGGCCCGAUCUUCUUGCAUGAAAUCUUCGUGACAAUCUAUGACUCUAGAAUCCAGCUCCGGCCUGGUCUGGAGCUUGUGGUCAACAAGGAGAAGGUCCACAUUCCCUACAAGCCCAGCGAGAACCUGCAGGUCUUUCUUCGGUCCCACCGCCUGUAUCUGACCACUGACUUUGGGCUGACCAUCAGCUUCGAUGGGAAAAAAAAUGCAGUGAUCUCCAUGCCUAGCAUGUACCUGGGCCUCGUACGCGGCCUGUGUGGAAACUUCGACAGGAACCAAAGCAAUGACUUGAUGCUGCCCAGCGGUGACUUAACUUACAGCAUCAAUGCUUUUGGCAACAGUUGGGAGGUGAAGAGAGUCCAGGAAGCUCUGGCCCGCGUUCCAAGGGCCAUUCAGGAUGAGGAAGAGGAAGCAGAGGAGUCAGAUUUCCAGGCAUCAGAAUGCAGCCCUGAGAAGCUGGCAUUCAUCAGCAGCACCCAGGCCUGUAGGGUGCUGGUGGAUCCCCAGGGGCUCUUUGCUGCCUGUCACCAAAUGGUGGCCCCAGAUCCCUUCCAAGAGCACUGCGUCUUUGGUUUGUGUGCUGCCCAGGACCCCAAGGAGUGGGAGGAACUGCGCUGUCAGAUGUUCAGCGGCUACGCCCUUGGUGUGUCCAGCCAAUACUGUGUAUCAGAGCUGCAUGACCCCCUGCCCGGCCUCCUGUGCCAACCCGGCGGCCCCCCAGGACUGUGAGGGCGCCUGUGUGGAAGGAUGCGCCAGCCUCCCGGGCUACAUCUACAGCGGUGCUCAGAGCCUCCCCAGGCCAGCUGUGGCUGCCUCCAAGAUGGGGUCUAUCACCAGUGGGGUGAAAGCUUUGUGAGCAAGGACUGUUCCCAGCUCUGCACAUGUGCCAGCUCCGGGGUCGUGCUCUGUGACCCUCUCGGCUGCGGCGAUGGGGAGAUCUGCACUCUAGCGAACCUCACCCGGGGUUGCUUCCGAGAAAGCCCAUGUCUGCAGAACCCCUGUCAGAAUGAUGGUGUGUGUCAGGAGCAGGGCAUGAAUUUCACCUGUGACUGUGAACUUGGUUAUGGGGGGGCCCUCUGCACUGAGCCUAAGGAUGUUCCACCCCCUGAAAAACUAGUGUCCAACCUUGUGGCCGUGCUAUUGGGGACGUUGGUGCCCAUGGCAUUCAUCAUGCUAGCAGUGACCAGAAAGUACCUUCACAGGAAGACGAGGAGCUCUCUGAAGGUCACCUUCUAG